CGGAAAUCCCAGAGAAACACCCUGUACGAUGAGCUCUGCUUCGCCAUGAAGCUGAAAAAGCGGCCGCCGAGAAGUCCGGAAGCUCCCAGUGUCUCCAAAGCGAAGCGCAAAGCCAAGAAUUGGCUGCCAGGAUGGGAGCGAAGUUUCGAGGCGGAGUUUCUCUGUGAAGACGUCCGUCGCCAGCAGCGGCACUACGUUUUCGCAAGCUUCACCAUAUUUUUCUCCUAUAAGGCCUCGGUGAUGUUUGCAGCAGCUACAACACCGUACGUUUAUAUCGUCCCGGUGGCAAUUUGCUUGCUUCUGGCCUAUAUGACGGCAAGCAAGCCGCAAGCCCUGUGGGUGGAUGUUGCGUAUUCAACUGCUACAUUUGCUUGGCUCUACUAUGCCGGUGAGAUGUACAAGACACAAAUUCUUCCAUUGCCACCUGGUGUUCAGGAGGCUGAUUUGCUGUGUGCCUUUAUGUUUACGCUGAUGAUGAUGAUCAGCAUGGGACAUCAUCCGGCUGUUUUGCUUGGUUGGAGCUUGGCGGUGUCCACUCAGUGCUUCAUGACCAACCACGCGGACCUGCAAGUCAACAUCAUCGUGUUAAUCUCCCUGUCAGUUGCUAUGCACACCUUCUUGCAGAGCUCGCACAUGAAGCUUCGAGAAAUGCGCCUGGCAUCAGAAGCAGAGAUUUCCAGGAUUCGGAAUCACAAGGAGCGGCAGCAGCAGGAGAGGUUACAAGCUGUCCGGCGCAGUGAACAGAUGCAGCGGGUUCUGACACUGGUAUUCCACCAAGUCAAGGCACCUUUGCUGCUUACAAAGACAGAGCUGUCUCGCCCUGGCGAUGCCAAAGAUACACUUGCUUGCGCUCAGGUUCGAAUCCAACAACUGUGGUCUCUCCUCAGCGGAGUGCAGCGUGAGGUUCAGAAGCAGUUUCCAGGCCACUCGGAGGCCUCUCCGGAGGCCACGACGGACGGACCGGAGAGCACCAGCACGAUGCGCGGGAUGGAAGCGCCGGAGGAUUUGGGGGCGUUGGUCCAUGGAAGAGAUCCCUGGCUUCCGCUGGUGCAAGACUCGCGCAUCCAGCUUGGCGUGAACUUCCAAAGUACGUUGAAGCUGCGUUGGAUCAGGAUUGAGCUAGAGGAUCUUCCUGGCUCAUCUCUCAGCAAACUACUAUCAUCGACGGACCUGUUGGAUUUCCGGCGCUGGCUGGAGCCGCAGCUCAACAGCUAUGCGAGCGGGCAGAACAUGCAGGACAAGCAGGAUACCCUGCCUCCGUUCUCGCUGGGAAGGAUCAGUCCAAGAAAAGUGGAGAUGCUCUCUGCAGAGCCCCUGGCCGUGGUUCAGUUAACUGGCUGCGUCCUUGCGCCAGCAGACAACCUUAGCAUUGCCACCAGCUGAGGAUUGUUCACAAAGGGGGGUGGGGCUGUUUCUUGUUGAAGAACCCUCAGCUGACAGUAGCUGCUGGUGGCACGAGCCAAGUUUCUUCGGCGCAACCAUAUACAAGUGCGAAUUCGAGAGUUCGCUUGUCACAGGGUCAGAUUUGGCCUUGACCUUUUGUAGCAAGCUUUGAGCCGAAUCCGGCAGUUUCACUGCGAACCCACUUGAUGGGAAGGCAACAGUGUCUGCAACGGUUG